AUGAUCUUUCUUAAAAAAAUGUUACAUUCGAUUCUGAAUAGCAGCUGUUUGUCCGCAGACGUCCCGCACUUGGAGCUGGCGGAGCCGGACGAAGGCUACCACGGUCUAAUCCGUGAGAACGAGACCCUCGUGGAAGUGACACCAGCAAUACGCGCUCGAGGACCGCUCUGCUCCUUCCUCAUUCUCAACAACAAACAUCAUGGGGAAGCGCCGUUUGAGAUCAUGGUUAUCGAUGAGAACGAAGCGCGUUUACGAGUGCGCUACCCUCUUAACUGCGAGAAAAGGCGGAACUACAAAUUCGACAUCGCCGCCGUCGGCUGCGAUGGCUCCUACUCCAACACGGUCCCGGUUCACAUCACGGUGACGGACGUGAACGAAUUCGCCCCGGUGUUCAGCCAGGCCGCGUACGUGCGGUCAGUUGACGAAGGCAAAAUUUACGACGAGAUCGUGCGAGUGGAAGCCACCGACCGCGACUGCACACCGCACUAUGGCGACGUGUGCAAGUAUGAGAUCGUCACUGACAGAAACCAACCGUUCACUAUCGAUAACGAAGGUGUAAUCCGCAAUACCGAACCCCUGGAUUAUGAUAAAUCACACAAUCACAUCUUGUCAGUUGUUGCAUAUGACUGUGGUAUGAUGCAGUCUGCUCCUGUGAUGGUCACCAUCAAAGUCAACAAACCCUGUCGUGCGGGAUGGAAAGGCGUGGCGGAGCGCGUGGACUACGCGCCGGGGUCGGGCCCGCUGGCGCUGUUCCCCGCGGCGCGGCUGGAGGCGUGCUCCAGCGACGAGCGCUGCCCGGGCGUGACGCGCGUGCAGGCGCUCGUGUCGCUGCAGGCGGCGCGCGCCGGCGCCCCGGCCGCCUGCGACCGCGACACCUACGCGCUGCACGCACAGCGCACCGUCUGCGGGCUGGACCCGAAAACUGUCGACUUACUGCCGAGCCCAGGAGAGGGCAACGAAUGGGCUAAAUCCUUGAAACCUGAUGCAGGACACGAUGGCGAGGAAAUGUUCGAAUUCGAUGGUGAGACCACAUCGGCGGUGGUGCCCGAAUCAGUUUUAGGACACUCGCUCGGCAGCACCUUCUCAGUGUCCACCUGGAUGAGACACGCCCCGUGGCCCGACCAGGACAAACAUCGCAAGGAACACAUCUUGUGCUUGGCCGAUGAUCACAAAAUGAACCGCCACCACUAUGCACUAUUCGUACGCAACUGUCGCCUCAUUCUACUCUUGCGUCGUGACUUUGGAGAGGGUGAUUUGAACAUAUUCAGACCUGCUGAGUGGCGUUGGAAGAUACCCGAGGUAUGUGACAACGAAUGGCAUCACUAUGCGAUCAACAUCCGUUUCCCGAGUGUAGAGCUGUUCGUGGACGGUGAGCCCUACCGCUCGCUGGACGGCAAGGGUCCCGAGGUCAUUGAUGACUGGCCGCUUCAUCCUGCACAUGGGAUUAAUACUACUCUCGUUGUUGGCGCUUGCUGGCAGGGCGCGGAGGGCGGCAUGAAGCACCACCUGCGCGGCGCGCUGGCCGGCCUGGGCGUGCUGGCGGCGGCCGGCCAGCCCGCGCCCGCGCUGCGCUGCGCUGCCCGCUGCCGGGAGGGGCUCAGCCUGGCCCCCGACCUCUAUCUGAAAUCGGUGUCGGUGGAGGGGGACAGUGCAUCUGAAGUGGAAACCUUGGUGCGACGUGUCGCUUACGGGGACGCACGCGCUUUCCCGACUCCUGGACGCAGGAACGUGCACCUGGCUACCACCAUCACGUGCGACAACGGGCGCGUGGUGCGGGCGCGGGCGGCCGAGGCGUUCGUGAUGGUGCUGCAGCCGCAGACGCCCAGCGUGCUGCUCAACGGCAGCGGCGACGUGGCGCAGGACUACGCGCACUUCCGCGCCGGCCUGCAGGUCUUCCCCGACCUCACCGUGCGCGUCGUCGCCAGCCGCCACGCCCAGCUGCAAGACGCGGAGAGCCAGAAGUUGGACUCGUGCGUGGUGUCGGUGUACCCGGCACUGAACCCGGACCACGAGGCGCUGGCGCUGCGUGGCGGCGCUGAGCUGCCGGCGUCCGACGUGCGCGCGGCGCUCACCCGCGACGGCGUCAGCCUCAGCGGCGCCGACAGCGUGCACAACUACCAGCGCGUGCUUCGUGAGAUCGAGUACAGCAACAAGAAACCGGCGUAUUAUCUGAACCGCGUCUUCAAGCUGACCUGCUCCGAACUCAACGGCCGUUUCACUAGCAACGAAUAUGUGCAAACUUUAACCGUGAUCCAUCCUCGAACUGCCUCAUCAGGGGAAUCUACACACGCUCUCCGUCCCAGUGGACUUGCUGAUAAAUUGGAUGCAAUUGCUAGAGAUAAGAUGCACAGCGGUGAGGGUGCGGAUGCUGCGGACGCUGCGCUUGCUGCCACAGCGCCGCGAGUGUUUGCUGCGCACGCGCAGCGCAACUCGCACUCGGCCGAGCUGCCCGCUGCACGCCUCCUAGAUCUGCGCGCAGAACACGAACACACCGGCUCUAACCACGUAGCGCUGGUGAUCGGCGCGGUGUCGUGCGGCGCGCUGCUGACGCUGGUGGCGCUGGGCACGGUGCGCGCGCGCGCCGCCCGCGCCGCCCGCCCCCGCGCCCGCGCCCGCCCCGCGCCGCCCGCCCGCCCGCUGCCCGCGCGCGACCCCGAGAUGGCCUGGGACGACUCCGCGCUCACCAUCACUGUCAACCCCAUGGACGAGCAGGCGGCUCCUGAGUGCGGGCGCACGGCGGACAGCUCAGAUGCAGACUCCUGCUCCGACUCCGACUCCGACCGCAACGACUCCGAGGAUGACGACGACGCAGAACCGAUGCCGGGCAAGCAGCACAAGUACAGGAACAUCAGCCAGCUAGAGUGGGACAACAGCACGAUGUAA